AUGACUGACAUCGCGGAACUGGAGAAGAAAGCGUGGACCGGAGAUUACAACGCCAUGGAAGAAGUGGCAAGGGCAUAUCGUUUUGGCAAAGGCGUGGAGGAAGACCGAGCCAAAGCGCAAGAGUGGCACGAAAAGCGGUUCUUGAUAUUGGAGUAUCUUGCCGAAAACGGCGAUAUUGAUGCUAUGGAUCGAGUGGCACAUGCAUAUCGUUUUGGCAAAGGCGUGGAGGAAAGCGAAGAAAAAGCGCGUGAAUGGAUCGCAAAGUUUAGGUCGGCAUCGGAGGCGCAAAUGGCAGAAAUAGCGCGAGAGGAGGCGGUCAAAGAGAAGAAGGAGGCGGAAAAACGCAUAUCCUUACUGAAGAAACGGGCGGAAGCCGGUGAUGCCGAGGCCAUGUUGGAUUUGGCAGUGGGAUAUCGUCACGGUCGGGGGAUAGAGAUAGACUUGGAGAAAUCUCGACAUUGGUUGAAGGAAUGGGAUCGGGCAGUAAAGAAGAAAAAGAAAGGAGCAAGAGGAUGA